CUCCGCCCCUACAAAACAGUUCGUUGAUUGUCUCUUCGCUAUUCCAACCACGAAACCCAUCUCGACUUUGGACAAAAGUAUCACAUCGAUCCUACGUACUCCAUCAACCUUGUAGCUUUCUCUCCUGGGCCGACUUCAUCCCCCAUCACCAAAGCCAAAAUGUCAACCGCUGCCCGCCGCCGGCUCAUGCGAGACUUCAAGCGCAUGCAAACCGAUCCUCCCGCUGGUGUUUCCGCCUCUCCCGUACCCGACAAUGUUAUGACAUGGAACGCCGUGAUCAUCGGACCCGCCGAUACGCCCUUCGAAGAUGGCACCUUCCGCCUGGUGAUGCACUUUGAGGAGCAGUAUCCCAAUAAGCCUCCUUCGGUCAAGUUCAUCAGCGAGAUGUUCCACCCUAAUGUUUACGCCACUGGCGAACUCUGUCUCGAUAUCCUCCAGAACCGCUGGAGUCCUACGUACGACGUCGCGGCUGUUCUUACCAGUAUUCAGAGUCUGCUCAAUGACCCGAACACAGGAUCGCCUGCAAACGUCGAAGCCUCCAACCUAUACAAGGACAACCGCAAAGAAUACCACAAGAGGGUCCGGGAAACUGUUGAGAAGAGCUGGGAGGAUUGAAUAGUGACGACACUCAUCAUCUCGGGGCCCUCGAUGGCAAAAAGCCAAUGAUUGAUCUGGGUGCUGCAAGUCGGUGUUAAUAUUGCUCACUGGGCUGUUCGAUACAGAUCUCUUGGCUAUAUCAACAGUCAGUUGUCGACCGACGACGAGUUGCGAGAUGAUCCACAUUCGAGGAUACCCGGCGGUUUGGCCUUUUAGGGCGUGAGGGUGGAACGGAUGUCGUGAUAUUACAUUGCAUUUGGGAGGCGUCGUUCUUUCGGGGCGUUUUUGUUGUAUUUCAAAUAUCCGCAUCUCUCGCCUAUUGAUGGCUGAGAGUCAGCCUGCUUGUCUGCAAUGGAGAAAGCGGGAGUGCUUGGUUUUUCUCACUCUUUAGGGCGGUUGUCGGGUUUGGAGUUUAGGCGCUCGUAUCAUACCAACACAAGCAUAUCUGGCGGGGGCAGUCCCUGGAUACCUCAACUCACCCCAAAAAGCCCUAGAUAGCGUUCUUUUCCUUUGUCUUAGAGAUGAAGAGAUGGCAUAGUGUCUUUUAUUGCAAAAAGCUCACCAUGUUAUGUCGGC